AGCAACUAGAUUUAAGUGAAUAUGAAGAUAAUAAGUUAGUACAAGAAGUUGCACAAGAUUUAUGGAAAUUCUUUCAAUCCAAAAAUUGUGAAUGCCAAAUGAGAAAUACUUUUCAAUAUUUUGAAAAGGUUGGAUUUAAGUGA